GCGAUAUGCCAUCGCCGAGGCUAUCCGUGCGCGGCAAGUGCGCUCCCGCCUCCGCCUCAAAAAGGGGAGGCACGCCUUGACCCCGAUGGCAGCAACAACGCUCGCGGGCGCACACGCGCCACCACACGCGACAGCGGCGUCGGGGAUCCACCCAUCCGACACCUGGCCGCCGCCGCGGGCCCGGGCCCGGGGCUGGAGACCAUGCUCCGGAGACCAAGCUCCGCCCCUGCCCGCUGCCCACCACCCCCCCGCCGGGCGGGUAGACAGGGGAAGGACUGCAGAACCCCAGAGAGAGGAGGAGCCAAGAGAGGGGGGGGGGCGAGGGCCCCAGAAGGGGGAGGGACCCCAAGUAAGACGAGCCGCAGGGACCCCGCGCCAGGGGGGCCUGGCAAACGGGGGGCAUCCCGAGCCCGCCCCACCCAGAGCCCCACCCCCACCCAGGGACAGCCAAGCCGAAGAGCGAGGAGAGCCAAGGAGCCAAGGAGCGGAGGAGCGGGGCACAGUCCCCCCCCGCCGACCCCCCCAACAGGGGGGUGGCUGCCGAUCAUCGGGCCGGCUACCCAGGGGGAUUUCAGUUCCCCGAGGGACCUGGCGUGCCCCCCCCACGCGCAGGUGCCCCCCUCGGGGCAGAAGGAGGAGGAGGAGGAGGAGGAGGAGGAGGAGGAGGAGGAGGAGAAGGAGAAGGAGGGGCUCUUCCCCUGCAAGAAGCGCCCUCCCUUAAGCAAUGAGCACAGCUGGGCCUGCCAGUUUGACGAGGGCCCAGCGUUGAAAAGGCAUAGUGUUCCGUGGGUAUCGGCAAACAUUUCGCAGGCAUGGUGCUGCUUCGCGAAGGACCCGGGAACACAAGAAUGAGAAUUCAAAGCGGCAGCGCGAUGAUGACAGCAACGACGCCGAAAAACCGCUCAAUAAUCACGACGUGAUGAGCGACAGCGCGAUGGUCACACAGCUGUUCAAUAAAACUCUGCCAUGGGAGCAACUGCGCCGACGCAGCCCGUUAUUGCACAGCAGGCACGAGGGACCACAGCGACCGCAAGGGCUGCACACACGAAAGCGAACGAAGUGAAGCCUCCAAAGAGCCCGAACUUGUUUUUUUUGUUUGUGAGGUCGAGCCCCAAAUCCUGCAACACUAGCCACCGCUCGUGGCAGCACUUUACAAAAUCACCACGGGACCUGAUGUGGUAGAUGCGUUGGCCGAGAUCGUAGCCGCCCUCCAGGUGUCUACGAGGAACCCUGCAAUGCCCCUCUCUCGCUUUGAAUGCAAUGAGCGCUCGAAGAAAAUUGUCCCAUUUCACCUCUCGCAUGCUGAUGGCGAACCCCAAUUGAAUUAACACUUGCCGCCGGUCGGCAUCGUGCUUGACUAGGUAUCUGCGACUUCGCACUUGGAUUGCAUAAUAACCCAACUUGUAUCCGUCCUCCACACACGUCGAAGGAACAUGACAAUGCCCUUCACGAUCCCGAAAUGAGCGCAGUGCCCGAAUCAACUUACCCCACUUCUCAGCAUCCGCUGAAAACCAGAAGCCUAAUUGCACAAGCAUGUGGACUCUGUCGACACGUUUCUUGACAAAGACGCCACGAGAUCGAACAUAUCUCACCAUCAUUCCCAAGCGAUACCCGUCCUCAACAUGGCGGAACGGUACAUCACAAUGGGCCUCCCUGCGUUGAAACUGCUGCAAGCUGGCGAAGAAUUCCUGCCAGCGGGCCUCAUCAACAGAGAAUAUGAAACCAAUGUCAGAAAGCUUGGAACGGCGGUCGGCGUCCGCGCGUAUGAACAAGCCACAGCGCACAUUGCUCACAACUCUUCCCAAUGGGUAGCCAUCUUCUACGUGUUUAACUGGAACAAACACGUGCCCUUCGCGACACUUGAACUUGCACAGAGUCGCAAAAAAUGCAUUCCAACCAGCUGCGGUCCGGGCCUCAAGAUACUCAGCGAACGGGGCUGGAUUACCUCGCCCGCCGUGGGUGAGAUUCAAAGUUUGCCUGCGCGAUGAUGACAUGUCUUGAAGGGGUCCUCCGAACGACUUGAUGAAACAAAGCUCUCUGUCCUGGGCCCACGCAAAUGCGUCGAUUCUGUUGUCAAACUCGGAACUGUCCAAAACGCGAAUGGCCCAAUCAUCCGGGUGCUGGCGCAACAAUGCAUGAAAUCCUAUAUUCUUGAGUUUCCUCUGAGCCGCAUAACGAUGCUCAACGCAUCGCUUCCGCAAAGCAUCCUCUGGCGAUGUUGUCAAACGGACAGUUUGCCCCACAUAUCUAGAACCAUGCAGCGGGUGACGCCGAUGGGAAAGAAAUUCCCAACUAUAGAUAACAGCAUGAUAUGCGUAUCCUGCCAGGGCGCUAGUCCUUCGAAGAUUGCAUCCUCUAGUCGGAGCGCCUCGAGCCGAUAUAGGAAAUCUAUGGAUGUGAAAAAGGCGGCGCAUGCAUCCAUCUGUGUGCUGCAACUUUCUUUCAAGUUAUUACUAACCGAAAGCUGUGAACACCAAGCUGCCAAAUUAAUGACACACUACUACGGGCCGACACUUCACCACAGGCCGACACUUCACGAAGGAGGAAGACGGUACACUGCAGAAGCACGAAUAUGUGAGGCGCAAGGAUUCGAACCCUGUUAGCCUAGAAACUGAGGGUGUGAACACCCCUUGCGAAACCAGAACCAAUUCCCUUGAGCCAACAUGGCU